UUCUUGAUCAGAGUGAUCACAGCAAUGAGAAAACAGAGGCGGCCGUGAAACACGAAAAGAAUCGCAAGAUCAGCUUCAUUGAAAAAAUCGACGUCAUUGAAGUUCCAGUCGUAAAGCCCGAGGACUCAAAAACAGAGGAAAAAUUUGAUCCGCAUCCGAAGCUCGUCAUUCAGGAUUCCAUUGAUGAGCCAGCUGACUGGAUUCACGCACCUCUCUCGGAAUCAAAAAAAGAACUUGAGGUUCUCGAGAAGGUAUGCGAAGAUAAUGAAGAGCAGACGGAGAGCCAACUUCCACUGCAGAGUGAUACAAAUAUUACCCCCAUGAACGACAAAGAUGUUCAGUCAGCAGCAGACAAAACACCUGCCGAGCCAUUUGAACAGCCCAACGGCAACAGGCAGCCAUCAGUUGAGACUCCAGCAAAUGAAGAACAGUCUGAGGACAAAGCAACACUCUCACAUGUGAUAGAUCGAAGCAGGCUAUUACAGAAAAAUAUAAUACUGUCUAUGUCAACAAGCAGCUCUGACUCGGAUGAAGAAGCCGCUCACAUGUCUGACGGUCAGAGAAAAAAGUCACAGAAAACUUCGGACGAGUCUAGCUCCUCGUCAGAUGAUGGGAAAAGCAGUGCUUCGAAAGCAGCGGUGAAGUCUGAUGACAAGAACGAACCCAAGCUCGACACAAAUGACGGAGCUGUCAAAGAGCACAAAGAAGAGGGAAUUCCAAAGCGUGUAGGCCACGAUGAAUCCAGCUCACCAUCGGAAGGCGAUGAUGCUAAUGAAGCGUUACAGAAAGAGAAGACUGUUCCAUCAUCAACUGCUUCUGGUCAAGGACACCCUUGUGUUCCUUUGGAAGACACCAGUGCAAAGAAAAAGACCAAAUCUAAUUCAGAGGGCUCUGAGAGCUCAACAUCAUCUUCAGACAAAAACGAAGCAACAAAGAACGCAUCACAGAACAAGAAGAAGAAAAAGAAGAAGAGGCGGAAGAGGUCGAGUGGUUCUAGUUCUUCAUCAGAUGACAGCAGCGUUACUAAACAAAGUCGAAAGAAGGACAAGGCAAAACCAAAGUUGACAAGCUCCGGAAGCUCAAGCUCAUCAUCAGAUGACAGCAAGGCUAAGGCGGAAAAGUUACAGCAAAAGAAAAAGGAGACCAGCUCUAGCAGUUCGGACACCGACAAACAUGAAAGCAGUGCUGAGAAAGGAGCCUCAAAGAAAGACGAUGUCAGUGAAAGGUCAAAAACAUCGAGUGGAUCCGAAAAAAGAGCGUCAAAGUCUCGAUCGGUGUCAUCUAGUAGCAGUGGCUCAUCGUUAGACCACAACGGCUCCCAAAAGGAAGCAUCAAAGGAAGACAAACCAGCGUCAAAGCCUGAGAGUCGUAAAAGCUCCACCUCAUCUUCAGAUAACAACAAGAAAGGUGAAGCACUCCAGGAAGAGAAAGAUAGGCCAAACACUUCAGAUUCCAGUACCUCAAGUUCGUCUUCAGAUGACAGUAGUACUGAAAAGAAAUUACCGAAGAAGGACUCGAGAAAGACAACAUCUCGAAGUUCUAGAAGCUCCAAUUCUUCUUCAGAUGACAAGGACGCUGCGGUUGAAGCAGCGACAAAGAAAGAAGAAGCAAAGUCGAGUUCUAAAUCUUCCAGUAGCUCGUCCUCAGAUGAAGGCAAAUGUGACAAGAAGCGCUCAAUGAAAGACAAAGCAAUGCCAAAGCGGGCAACCUCCAGGAGCUCCAGUUCAUGCUCAGAUGACAGAGAAGGUAAGGGUAACACGACGCAGCAAAGAAAUGCGACGGUGAAACCAAAGUGCUCUGAAAGUGCCGACACAUCUUCAAAUGCCGAUAGUGAUCGGGAAGGCUUCUCGAAGGAGGAAAAGGCUAAGCUUAAAAAACAGAGCUCUAAAAGUUCCAGUUCAUCUUCAGAUGACAAUGCUGCUACAACUGAGGUGAAGCGGAAAAAUAAGUCAAAAUCCAGCUCAACGACAUCCACUAGCUCUAGCUCGUCUACAGAUGAUGACAAAGCUCAAAACAAAGCCUUGAAGAAAAAGAAAAACACGUCUCGCUCAGCAAGCUCCAGUUCAUCUUCAGAUGGCAGCAAAAGAAAUAAGAGCACAUCGCAAAAGAAGAAAGCUCAGUCAGGACAGGCCACCUCGAGUAGCUCAAGUUCGUCUUCCGAUGACAGCAGUGUUGAGCAAAAAGACGCAAAGAAAGACAAAAGCAAUAUGAAGUCAGCGAGUCCUAAAGGGUCCAGUUCAACUUCAGAUGAAGAAACGAGAAAAAGGCACACAUCACCUAAGCCGGCAAACUCAAAAGACAGUUCAUCGUCGGCAGAGGAUAAUGUUACAUGUGGGAACUAUGCAAAUGAAAAGGAGAAAAGCAAGAAGAGAGAGCUAUCACCAGCCAGGACGUCAAGCCACAGUGAAACCAAAUCGGCUUGUCAAGGAAGCAAUGCUGAGAAAGAGUCGAUGCUGGAAGAGCAAGUCAAGCUGAGAUCGUCUUCAAGUAUCUCAAGCUCCACGUCGGAAGAUGAAGGAAAACCGUUGGAUAGGUCUCGUGAAAACGCAGCAAUGACUGAAAAGCAGGAUGACAUGCCACACACUGACGAUAUUUCUGACGAUCGCAACCAAAUCAAGUUAGAGGUUUGCGUCAAUGAACAACCGUCUUCCAGCGUGGCUGACGAUAUCGAGAGUCAAGUCAAAUUACCUUCCUUAGAGCUAGCGACCACAAGUGAUGUCAGCGAAAACAAAGCAGCUGAAAACGACACCGAAGUCAAAGACAAGUAUGUCCCUUCGAGCGCUGAAACUUUGGAAGUAAAAGUCAACAUUCUUGCAGAGACAGGUGACAGUGCUCAAGAAACUGCUCCUGAAACAGAGGCCAUCAAAAACAUCGAAGUGUCUGUUGACAUAUCCCUUGGCCAACAGCUUGUCCGGUCACGAUCAGAUGUCGAAGACGAUGCUGAAACGCAAGAAAGACCAAUGACGGUUACUGUCCUUCCCAGUUGCGCUCACAUACGACCAGAUGAACCAAAAUCGAAAGGUAGAUCAGACUCUGAGUCAUCAUCUAUCAGUGAGGAAAUUGGUGUUCAAGAAGAGACCCAGAAGACCGGCACAUGUACCGAAACACCUGUGAUACGAGACACCACUCCGGGCGAUUCCCUCGGUGAAAACAAGACAGGAGAUGAAGUCGAAGUACCGAUCGAUGUAGAUCAAGAAUUGGAUUUCGAUGUAGUUGGUCUGGUGAGCAAUGUCGUGAACGAGUCACGUAGCCCAGUGCACCUCACCACACAAGGAGAGAUACAAGACUCCCCAGUCAUAGUUGAGAAGAUUGUGACUGAUGUAACGCAAGAAAAUGCGCCGUUGGGAAAAGACGAUGCACUGGAGCGGCGCUCGUCUACUUCCAGUGAGUCUAGUUCUUCUGGCAGUGACGGUGAAAAAGGUGGAAAGAUGAACGUGGAUGCACCGAUAUCUGACCUAGUGCCCACAUCGAAAGAAGACGUCAUUGUGAGGUGCGACGAACAGAAGACGGAGAAUCAGCCUGCUGCUCCCAUGCCCAAAUCAGAAGUGCUUGAAGACAGCGCUGAGGAACAGCAAGUCGAUGCGGGGAAGAAUGACAUGCAAGAUUCACCCUUACCCAGUACAAAUGAAACGAGCUCCCCAAAAAGUGAAGAAGAGACCCAGCAAAGUAAAGAGACCUCUGAACCAAACCAGUCCUUUUCAGACAAUGAGUACCAAACGAAAGAAACAAACCUUCCGACCUUCGCCGUAGACGAUCAAACGGGAAAGCAAUGGAGAAAGAAGUCUAGGACAUCUGACACAAGUAGCUCCAGCAGUCCGUCUGACGACUCUGAGGACUCCAUCAAAGCGAAAACGUCAGAAGCAGCACAUGAAAAAAUUGUUCGCGCAUCUAGCUCUUCAUCUUCCAGUGAAACAUCUGCUGAGCAGGAUGAAAAACUCAGCCCAGAAAAGACACCUAAUGUCAUCGAAGACCUAUGCGAUGCCAUCAUUCCCGAAAAACCUAGUUCUGCCUCUCACGAAGACAAGAACGUAGUGAAGAAAGAAGGUAGCAAUGAAAAGAAAAAUGAUGUCAAGACAGAAGACCCAACGGUGUCAAACACAUCGAGCUCAAGUCACUCCAGUGAAUCGUCCGUUGACGAUCACCGAAGGGAUAGUGCAGAGCAUAAUGAAAAGCAGGACAUGGUGAAACAGGAAGAUGAACCGUCAACUGUCUCGUUGGAUAUUGAAGUUGAUAUCAUGAAGGAAGUCGACAAACCAGCUGGAGAAUCUGGCAAAAGUCCCGAACCAGAGACCUCUGUCGUGCUAGAGACGCACAUGGCUUCCCAGUUUGCAGUUGCGGAGGAAUUCCCUUCUUCAGAUUCUGAAGACCAAGAAGCGCACGAGGUAAUAAUUGGCAUCGACAAAGUAGAACCGACUCAAGCUGUUGAGAGACAGUCACCUCCUGCGACUGAAGUCGUAAACGCUGAAAUGGAAGCUGAAAACGGCAUUGACGAUGGGACCUUCGGAAAGAAAGAGCGCACCACUGUAGAGGUAGCUUCCUCUUGUGAUGAAGGGGAGCGGAAUAGUGUUCCCGAAAGCCAAGAUGAUUCCCUUGCUAUCCUGGUUACGAAAAUUGUCCCAAAUGAAAAUGAAAGUCAGGAAGAAAUCCUUACAGAGGUGACAAAGUCCGAGCUUGACCAAACUCCCCAGCACAUCCCGACACCUCUUGAUGACAUCAGUCAGCUUCCUGUUUCUGUUCCGAAAGAGGAAAUUUCAUUGUUCCAAAGUCCAGAGUGUCUGUCGGAAACGCCAAAAACUAUUGCAGAAAGUUUUGACAACAAAACAGAGACACAAGAAAGUUUGAAACCAGCAGCACCAUCUUCUCUGCCAGCUUCAACCAAGCCAAGCAGAAAGUAUAGUGACCAAUACUCCAACUUUGAAACACCUCGUGAUUCACGAUACCGACUACAAGACAUGCAAGAACGCAGUAAGUCGUCUGUCGGCCAGCAAAGAACACGGAUACGGCCACAGGUCGAAGUGACGUCAGCUGUCUUGCCUUGUUUGGUUGAAGUAAGAACAGCAUUGCCGCCAUCUGGAAUUCCCUCCGAGGUUCUUGAGAACAUGGAAAAUGUCACUGAUGUCAUGAAGGAAGAGAAGCCUCCUAAGGUAGCUGAACUAAUCGUGCCAGAAACGUUGACAAAUGUCAACCAAGGAAACAAAGAGAUGGAGAGCUUGCCAGUUGGAGACAAUGUCGUCGAGGUUUCAUUGGAACAACACUUAUCAGCAAUGGACGAAAAACAUUCCCCCGCUGCUGUCUCCAGUAGCUCAAGCUCGUCUUCGGAUUCAGAAGAAAACAAAGCCAAAACCGAUAAAUCUCAAGAUUGUGAGAAAGAGAAGAAGACGCCCAAAAAAGAAACCGAACGAAAAAGUAGAGCCUCGUCUAGCAGCACCAGCUCAUCAUCUGAUUCUGAUGAAAACCGAAAAAGGAGAAAGACGUCCAGGAAAAGUUCCAGCUCGUCCUCUGAUAGCAGCGCUAGGAAACAUAAGAUAGAUAAGCGAAAGGACAGUGCUUCAAAACAACCAGUUGCAGUAAAAAAAGAAAAACAGAAACGUUCGAGCUCGUCAAGUUCCAGCGAUUCACACGAAAAGAGGCAGCAUAGAAAAAGUGAUACGUUGGCAACUGCAGAAGUCGGCGACAAAGUUGCUAUUAGUACUUCUAGUGACUCAAGUUCUGACGAAGGCGCUACCAAAUCCCAUCGUAGAAAUUCCGUUGAAAAGGAGGGAAGGAAACCAUCGAGCAGCGAUAAGGAAGAAACUGCGCCUGACCUGAAAGACAAAAGAAAGCCAACGAAAACGAGCAGCUCUAGCGGGACGAGCUCUUCAUCAUCUUCAUCGUCGAGUGAUGAGAAUGCUAAGCCGGAGAAGGAAGCAUCCAAGUCAUCAUCAUCCACCAGCUCUAGCUCUUCGUCCUCAGAAGACGAUGUGAAAAACUCACAUACACAUGAUCGUAGAAAGAAAAAAUCACAUGGGUCUUCAUCAGAUGACACCGAAGUCAAAAAGUCAACCGAAAAGAAGGAAAAGGUGAACAGAAGUGGGAGUAGUGUAUCCUCGAGCUCAGAUAAAGAGGGCUCCCAAGCUAAGACAAGUGGAAGUGAAAAAGGACAUCCAUCGAGACCCCACAAAACAUCAGAAUCAUCUAAGUCUAGUGAUUCAAGUUCAUCCGAUUCAAGAUCAUCGGACUCAGAAAAUGAGGCGAAGAAGAGGAAGGAUGUGUCGUCUGUUCCUGACGUAAAAGAAGCUACGGAUGAGCCUCAUCCAAAGCUGCCAUUGGCGCCACCACCAACGUCCAGAUUACCCCUACAAACGUCGCGCGAUGAAGAAAUUCUGGAAAUCGUCGAAAAAGUACUUGAGGACAGUGAGAUAGGUAGUCUUGAUCGAAAUGCCCCAUCAAGCGCCAUUCAUGAGAGCAUAGACGGCAAAAACGACGCUGAUCAAAUGAAAGACGAUGCCUUGCCUACUUCUGAUCAAAACGGUUUAGAAGAUUGGGUUAUCGUACCGGAAACGGUAGACGAAACACAGGCUGCACCGCACAUCGUUAACGAGAAGACACGUGACCCCGAAUUAACCCAACACGAGUCAUCAAACCUCCAUGGCCCAACGCCAGAAACGAUCAGUAAGGAGGAGCCAGUAGAGGGCGAGCGUGGCCAGCCUGUGUCGGAGUGGGUGAACAUGUGGGACUCCGCCAUCAGUGCGGGCUUGUAUCCGACUCCAACAGCUGAUGUGUCAAAAAGACUCCAAGAGUUGCAUUCAGAGCCGCAACAACCCGAAGCUGCGAGCAACGCCAAGCAGAGUGACCCGGAGACUGCCACGAAGCCAGAAGACGCUCCCUCAGGAUCGUCCUCUGUUGAGGCACCUCAAGUGAUCGCCAAAGAGGAGGCUGGGAUCGUUCGUGCAGAGCCCGCUCGACUGAUCGAAGAUGAGCCAUGUGUCGACACAAACGUGUCCGAGCAGCCACCUGUGAGUGGCGUUGAAGGUGCCUUUGAGGCCAUUCUAGUCAAUGUCGUGCCAGAACUCCCGAUCGAUGACAAUCAAAGCAAAGUCGAGAAGAACAGCGAAGACCUGGACAAGCCCAGCGAGAAGACCAUACGCGAUAAGACGGAGGACGAAACGUACCAGGCUUCUCUCUGUUACAUUGACCCCGAGUUGCCAAGCCCAGUGGAGAAAGAUGGUGACGCGGACAACACUUGCCCGGAUCUUAUGCGUCCGGAGGACACCCUAAGUGAGUCGCUGCCGGCCUUUGUCCGGGAGCCGGUGCCAGCGGUGUGGAGGAGAGCGUCGGUCGAUCGUCAGGUGGGGAAGUUCAACAUCACAUGCAUCAUUCGACCGAACGAGGCGCACUUGCAUGGCUCCGAGACCCGAGUUACCCCUCCGAGGCAGACGGACAGGAAGUGGCUCAACUUGGAGAACUACACCAUCAUGCCACCGCCCCAAUCUCCGGAAAGUGUCAGGAAGAACACCGCGGAGAGUGACCUGGGGUCGAAGACCACCGUGUACCUGACACCGAGGUCACCACCGAACGCUCGUCAGGAGCUGGUGGCCCUGCGGUGUGUCAGGAACAGUGAGGACGACAGCAGUCUCACCUACCUGCCAGAGCUGAGAGAUCUAACACCGGACAUAGGCGACGGGGAGAAGAGCUUUCAUUGGAACGGCAGGAGCAAAGAGGUCGAUAAAUCCACGGUGCCUCACUUACAUUCCCAGCCUCCACUAGCUGAUGUGAAGAAAAAGCGGCUAGCGUAUGAAAACGGUAGCUCAGCAGCGCAUAAAGAGCUUCGGAAGGUGACGCCGCCACAUAAUGCCAACUUAGAGGAGCGAAAACAAAAGCUUCUUGGAAGCACCACAGACAUCGUGUCCAAAGUGAAACAGCCGGUAGCCGAGCCGGGCAAAGUCGGUCGCCUUCGCGCCAUGUUUGAGCAGAUGGACGCAGCAGCAGCCAGGGCACCGGGACGAGACGAAACGCUCCGGGACUCCCGCCGCUUCAAGAGCAUGAUGAACGUGACUGCGCCUUCGACGACGGGCCGAAGCAGUCGUCUGGAGGAGCCAACUCUGAAAGAACGCAGUCGCAGCACUGCUGCCCUUCACCGAGCGCCAUCGGGUGGGCUCGGAGCUGAGCUGUCGGUCGCCCCAGAGUCUGUGAAGGAGCGUAGUCGUAGCACAGUCAACCUGAACCACCGAGAAGGCGAUGAGAAGCCUUCCUGGGACGCCGUAGACUCCGGAUCGAUCAAACAUCGCAGCCGAAGUACGGUGGGGCUCAAUGGAACCUCGUCUGCGUCACCCAGAGCCGGGCUUUCCGCUGCGCCGGACUCAGUCAAAGAGCGGAGUCGCAGCGCUGCCACUCUACACAAGCCAGAGAAGGCUGACAAGGGUGAAGACGCCGUGGACUCCGCCCCGGCGAAAGAGCGUAGUCCGAGUGUCUCAAGACAGCCUGAAGGGUCACUCUCACCCCAAGGACCCACCGGUCACGACUCACCGCCUGCAUCGUCCGAAUACGUCACCCUAGAGGAGCGAGCUCUCUCAUCCCGCGCUCUGGACGAACUUGAAGACGGCGAUCAUCAGGCGAAGCUGGACGCCAUCCGGCGCUACUUCGAGGGCCUGCAGGACGGCGACAUCACCGCAGGCGACGACAUGGACAUGCUGGACGACGCCCUGGUGCCCGACCGCGGCUACAACCGCUCGCUGCCGCGCCUGGACGCCAGCGCCUCCGACCGGCGACCGCCUCUGACGGACCUCUUCACCGAGCCGGAGCGCGGCACGCGGUCACUGAACCGGUCGGCGAGCUCGCCUCUGGUGAGCGCCGAGGGUGCCGGCGGCGCGGCCACCCUGCUGGACCAGGUGCGGCAGCUGCGGCGGAGAAGGGCGUCCGGAGGGGCGCUCUCGCAGACCAGCCUGACCACCAGUAUUGCCAGCACCGCCGAGCUGGCCAGACACAGAGACGACGGCAUCGUGGUGUUCGGGCCGGGCAUGUGCCAGGGCAAGGUCAACGCCGUCAACCGGUUCCAGAUUCUGGUGCCGCACGCCGACCAGGCUCCGAUGGGGGUGCGGCUCUACAGUCAGCGCACCGAUUCCGUCACUCGGGUGGAGCUGCGUGACCUGGGCUGUGACUACCAUCAGGUGGCCUACCGGGUCAACCAGCCCGGCUGGUACCGACUGUAUGUGCGGCUCGGCGGCGGCGCCCGCCACGUGGACCUGAUGACCAAGGUGUCACACUGAGCGGGUGAAGGAGGGGUCACACUGAACGGAACUGGUGUCACACUAAACGGAACUGGUGUCACACUAAACGGAGCUGGUGUCACACUAAACGGAACUGGUGUCUUACUGAACGGAACUGGUGUCACACUGAACGGAACUGGUGUGACCUGCUGACCGGAAGGGAACUGAGGUGUCUUUACGAGAAGGAUGCAGUCGGAACUGAGAUGUCGCUCUAAACCCGAAACAGGUGAAAUAUCGCGCCGAUACGACCUCUUCCAGCUAGAAAUCGAACAGGAAUUUACUAUGUAGUUUUAACUCUCAAUCUAUUUCUAAUUAAAAAAGCCGAUGCGUUUCUGCUAGACGUUCAACAAUGGGUGCAGAGCCGAACUUAGUAUUCCAUUCUAGCAGAACGCAUGACGUUCACAUUCCAGCCCGACACCAGUGCUUAAAAGAAGCCAGCAGUAUACUUGCAGUGUUUCAGACAUCGGAAAUGAGCUACACGCCCAGUGAUUAUUGCAGCAAGGCUCGCGAGCGUCCAGGGCCCGGCCUGUGAGUGGGCUGUUUGGCUGGUGCCUCGUCGUUGCUCCGUGAAGCAGGGACAGGGCCGACCGUCGCAUCGCUGUUUAGCCGUGUAUUCCGUUUAGUCACAGUGUUUGUUGCGUGACUAGAUGGUACGAUAAUCGGUGCUCGCAUUACCAGUCGGUGGCCAAUACGCCAUAGGACGGAAAUCAUUGCUUCAUGUCGUAGAUUUGCUUCCAUCGCGGUCUAUUGCCAUUUGUCUGCAUAUGUUUAUGGGAUUUCCUGGCGUGUUGUGCUGGGGGCAUUACGCUCGAACGAUGAGCAGAACGCGCUAUGUAACCGUUUAUUGCGACCCGGUUAUAUUCGGAGCUUUCCCGAAUGGCAAUGAUGCAGCAUGUCCACCGCACAGAGGGUCAAUGAUUGGGCCUAUUUGGGGAGUGAGAUGGAUUUGCUGCGUGUUAGGGAGUAUAUUAUCGACAAGGCAGCUGUUAUUGUAUAUGAAAAUAUUUUUGUGCUUAGUUGUGCGUCAAGAGUAUUAUUGAUUAAGAAGUGUAAUUGCUUUUAUAUCCGAUUAUCGAUUGCAUGUUUUGGUUAGAGAUGCAGAUUCACAAAUGAUUUUAUGCUUAUGACCUUUGUAUAUGCAUGGAGUGUUGCGAACGAGCAUCUAAUUAGCUCAUGCCACCGCACAUUUUGUAAGGAUGUGGCAUCCUUUGCGUUGGCAUUCGUUCAUAAAUGUGUGCAUUGAUAAAGCAUUGUAUGUGAUUUUACCUACCAAUGGACGGUAGAAUGUUUUGUGGGCUCCAAUCAAAGCAAUAUACAGUCCAAUUUA